AUGCUGAAACUACAAAGUGGUCAUGCUCCUGGUCUGGAGCCUGAAUGUGUAAUUUCUAUACAGUCGGGUUGUGAGAAGACUGGAGAAGCAGAUAAUGUAUUAUGCUCUGAUAAAAUCCGAAAUACCAUUGAAGAUGAACUUCCCGACGGGUUUUCUCCAUCAGAGAAGUCUAGCUGCAUUUCAGAUGAUGAGUCUAGUCCUGUAAGGACUAUGGAAUCAGGAAUUAAACCCUGUAAUUCAAAUCUUGCUGAUUCUUAUCAAUUUUCGGGAACUGAUGGGAGAUCUAAAGUUGCAGAAACUCUAUCAGAAUUGGCUGAAGUGGAUAAUUUGAUCCAAAUAGCAGCGGAAUCACUUAUGCAUUUCACCUCGAAGAACUCAGCAUGCUAUCAGGAAUCUUCAAAUCAGACGGCAUCCAAGGAGUGGCCACAAUGUUCCUAUGAUUCAUUCGAGUUAAUGACUUUGGAACUGGCAGAAAGCAUUGCAGAUGAUUAUUCUUUGAGAAGAGGAAGGAGACUGAAGGAUUUCCAGGACAUACUUCUGGGCCUCGCGUCUCCUUUUAGACAUGAAAUCCGUGAAGAUAUAAACAUUCUAGAGGGAGUUCUAAGAUCAAGGGAGUACAAGAAAAUGAGAGCUAAGAUGGCCAAUGGAGAGAGCUGGUGCAAACCGGUGAGAAGCAGACGGUCAAGACUCAAUUAUGUUGCAGGAAAAACUUCUAGAUGA